AUGGGGCGCUCACCAACGACACCCGCCCUCCUGGCCCUGGCCCUGGCCGCGGCCGUAGCCUCCCCAGCCUCUGCCGACACCACCUACCGCUCCCGGCCCGACCUCUCGCCGCCGCACCUCAACAUCACCAUUCCGUGCAACGGCCGCUGCGCGCCGGGCUACCUGUUUGUGUCGCCUUUUACCACGUACGGCGAGCCGGACGACCGCGUCUCGAACCAGGUGGCGCCCUACAUUCUGGACAGCGCCGGCGACCUCGUCUGGUCCGGCUUUGGCUACUUUGCCGGCUGGACGUGCAACUUGCAAGUGGCGCGGUACCAGGGCCAGGACGUGCUGUUCUCGUUUGAGGGGCUGCACAACGGCAACCACGGCCACGGCCACGGCCACCACACGCUGCUGGACGACCACUACAGCGUCGUGCGCGUGCUGCGGGCGGGCGGCCACCGCGUGUCGGACAAGCACGAGUUUGAGAUUGUGGACGAGACGACGGCGCUGCUGCAGGUCUACGAGCCGGUACAGCGGAACCUGGCGGCGUACGGCGGCGACGACGCGCAGACGUGGAUUGUCGACGCGCGGUUCCAGGAACUCGACAUUGCCACGGGCGACGUCGUCUUUGAAUGGAGCAGUCUCGACCACGUGUCGCCAGACGAGUCCGCCCUCUCCCUGCCGCGCGGCCUGGCCGGCGUGGGCCGCAGCAGCGCCACCGCCUGGGACUAUUUCCACAUCAACUCCGUCGCCAAGGGCGCCGACGGCCACUACCUCGUGUCGGCCCGCCACGCGUCCACCAUCUUCAAGAUCAACGGCACAGACGGUUCGGUCAUAUGGCGCCUCGGCGGCAACCACUCCGACUUUGUCCUCGGCGAUGGCGUCCGUUUCGGGUUCCAGCACCACGCGCGCUACUUUGUGGAGGGACAAGACGGCGGGGCGGACGUCAUGUCCCUCUUUGACAACUCCGUCUACGGCUCCGAGUCGGCCGGCCGCGGCCGCGAGAUCCGCGUCAACCCCUAUUCUCGCGGCAAGUACAUCCGCCUCGACCACGCCGCCCACACCGCCACCCUCGACCGCGCCCUCGAGCCGCCCGCCGUCGCCGUCCCCGCCCGCGCCCGCGGCGACCCGCCCAUCCUCACCAAAUCCCAGGGCUCCCUGCAGUCCCUGCCCGGCGGCGGCGACCUCGUCAACUGGGGUUCCGAGGGGCAGGUCACCGAGUACGACGCCGCCGGCACGCCCGUCUUCCACGCCUGGCUGGGCCGCGGCUUUCUCCGGGACAGGCUGCAAAACUACCGCGCCUUCCGCUUCAACUGGACGGGCCAUUCCGCCGAGACGCCGGCCGUCUACGCCGAGCAGCCGGCGGCGGAGGCGUCGGGCGCCGUGGAUGCGGGCGGCGCGGUGCGCCUGUUUGUGAGCUGGAACGGCGACACCGUCACGCGCGCGUGGCGCUUCUCGUGGGGCGAGCAGCCGACGACGGACGACGCGACAGGCACCGUGUGGAAAGCCAAGGUGGUGCCACGCCGCGGGUUCGAGACGUCGACGCGCAUCGACCGGGCCAAGGACGUGCGCAUCGUCGCCGUCAAGGCCGAGGCACUGGACGCGGACGGCCGUGUUCUGGGCGCGUCGUCGACUGUUGCCGUGCAGCAGGCACUGACAGAGACGGUGCGCAAAGGCAACAACCGCGUGGAGGGACAGGACAGAUUAGGGCUGAAUGUUGAGCUGUAA